AUGGCCACGAUGAACGGCCCCGCGCCCACCAGUCCCCGUCGUGGGCACCACCGCUCAAUCAGUCAUCCAUUUCCGUUUCCUGGACUUGGGAAGAGGCGUGACAAGACAAAAGCCAACAUGUGGGAAUCAGAUUCGGACUCUGACGAGGUUACCUUCCCCACCGACACCGUCAACAAAAGCCCUCGCAAGGACUCGAAGGUUGGAGGGGAUCUUGCAGAAACGAAGUGUCAAACCUGCAACUCGACCGUACGGUGGCCACGGGAUUUGAAGAUGUUUCGUUGUUCUGCCUGCUUGAUGGUGACCGAUCUGGAUCCCGAACCGCUGACGGAGUCCAAAACGUCCGUUAACCCUGAUACUGAAGACCGGUCUCGUGGCGGGCGCUCUAAUAAGAAACACCCCUUUGACGAUCGUCCCUUACCACCACUGCCACCAUCCGCACGACCACCAGAGACAAAGCAGGGUAUGCUACAACCGAAUUUUUCAGACUUGUCGACCAACAUCGGCUUACUGAAUGCCGUUCCAGAUAUGCCAUUGUCAGCCAAGUACAUGAGCGACAUGAUCGACAAAUGUCUUUCAAUGCACUUCGACAAUAUUUUGGAUGGAUCCAGACCCGGUUCGGGACCGGCCGAUGAUCUCAACGGUCGAGCGCGUCUUUCCAAACCAGAUGAACCUUCUUCAUCGAUUGGCCGUGGCCCUGGUGGCCACCUGUCAGCCCCUCGAGACCCUCGCAGCCGUAGCACUUCUGGAUCUGGCGAGCGACUUGGUGUGCCUAAGAAUCCGUCCACUUUCUUGACGCCCCACGUGGCUCAAUGGGAAGGCAAGGAUACACCAGUGCGGACUCGAGCCAAUUCAGAUCUACAGUCAAAACAUAAGAUCGAUCGGCCUCCUCAAGAUCGCCCAACACACCACUCAGAUCUGGAGAACAAAGACCGCGAAACUCACCAUGCAGUAUUUGAGCGACUGGAGAAUUACCUGAUCUCUUCUCUGAAAGGCAUCGACGUUCUUAAUACGUCUUUCUCAACACAUCAACCGUCUAUUCGAUCCGCUAGUAGCGGUAACCCCCCAAGGAUGAAAAUUGAUCCCAAUGCUCUCAUGGAACCGAACUUGAAUGCGGCAGUGUUUGAACCGGAUGCCAAAACUCUUCUCCUUGGAGAUCUGGCCGAAAACUCAUCUUGGUGGAUGACAGAAUGGGCUCAGGCUGAGGGACACAUUCCUUCAUCGGCCAGGGAGAAAGGACAACAGGAUUCUCGGUUGGUAUCGUCAAGAUCCCCUCGGAUUAACUGGGCUGAAGUGGGACGGUGGUAUCAGUUGCUCCUGACAGCCGGGAGCUCCUGGGCCGAACGCUGGGUUGCCAAGAGACCCGAGCAUAUACGUUCAGAGACCGAUGCGGCUCGUCAAAAGAGAUGGGAAUCAGUUGACCUUACUCAGUUGGAGAGGGAGAUUAUUGAUUCUCGCAUUCAUCUCCAGCGGACGUUCAUGAAAGCUGUCGAGAAUCUGUUAAAGCGCCCGCGUCGUCUCCUCAAGAAAGCGGACGAUACCAGGUGGUUGUUCAUCUUGCUUGCCAACCCUUUGUUGUCAUCGCCUGGUGCUUAUUCGGCCCCUCGACCCGCACAAGUACCGCAUCGCGAUGGUCGACGCCCACCCCAUCCGAAUGAAGGUCCACGACCGACUACGAGGGAUGCCAAGUCCUCGCACAAAGAUCACAAUCGCCAAGGGUCCUCUAAUCACCACCAUGGACUCGUGAAGCGGAUCCUGGGAUUGAUGUCUAAUGCUUCUAAUGAGUGCCACCACCAUUUUAUCUCCUGGUUCUCCCGAUUCUCUCCCAGUCAAUUUGAACGGAUUGUGGAAUUGAUCGGUGGAUUUGUGACUUAUCGAUUGACUCGUCAGCAUGGUCGCAAGCGCAACGACAUUGGAAAAGAUGGGGAUGAGCUUAUCCCGAGUUUUGCUAGUGCUGCGGGUAACACCCCUGCGGAGCUACAUGCAGCUAUCAACAAUCGUCGCAGCCCCAACAAAAAGCCAGAGAAGAAGAAAGAAGCUCCCAUUGUUUAUGUGGAGGAUUGGCAGCUCAAAGCCGGGUCAAGAGUAUUAUCCUUAUUAUUCACUGCAAACACGGACGGGUCCAGGAAGUCUGAUGUACAAUCGCGGGAUCUACGGACUCAGCGUCAUCCUAAUUCUGCUGUGCUGUCAGGACGUCGUGAUAAUUACAUGGUCCCCAUCAGUUCCUUCUACAAUACCUUGCUGGACUACUCGGACCUCAUUGCCGACUUUGAAAUCUGGGAGUCAAAAAGUUCCAAGUUCUCGUUCUGCCAGUAUCCUUUCCUCUUGAGCAUCUGGGCCAAGAUCCACAUCAUGGAGCACGACGCUCGCCGCCAGAUGGAAGUGAAAGCGCGCGAGGCCUUUUUCAGCAGCAUUCUCAAUCACCGUGCGGUCAGUCAAUAUCUCGUUCUGAAGGUGCGACGCGAAUGCCUUGUCGAAGAUAGCAUGCGUGCCGUGAGCGAGUCUGUUGGGGCUGGUUCCGAAGAGAUCAAGAAGGGACUCCGGAUUGAAUUUGUUGGAGAGGAAGGUGUCGAUGCCGGUGGUCUUCGCAAGGAGUGGUUCCUUCUGCUGGUUCGGGAGGUCUUUGAUCCCCACCACGGGCUGUUCAUUUACGAUGACGACUCCCAGUAUUGCUAUUUCAAUCCGUAUUGCUUCGAGUCCUCUGAGCAGUUCUACUUGGUUGGCGUGUUGCUUGGCCUUGCUAUCUACAACUCCACCAUUCUCGACGUCGCCUUGCCGCCAUUCGCAUUCAGGAAAUUGCUUGCAGCCGCGCCACAGAACACUGGGUUACAUCCACCCAACCCUCACCGCUCGAAGUUCAAGUGUACAUUGGACGACCUCGCCGAGUUCCGACCCGCUCUUGCCAAGGGACUUCGGGGUCUUCUCGAGUUUGAGGGUGAUGUCGCCGAGACGUUCUGCUAUGACUUUGUUACUCAAGUCGACCGGUAUGGAGAGGUUGUGAGCGUACCCUUGUGCACGGGGGGCGAGAAGCGACCUGUGACUAAUUCUAAUCGGCGUGAAUUUGUCGACUUGUAUGUUCGCUAUCUCCUUGACACGGCCGUGACCCGGCAAUUUGAGCCGUUCAAACGCGGGUUCUUUACCGUGUGCGGGGGCAAUGCUCUCUCGCUGUUCCGAUCGGAGGAGAUUGAGUUGCUCGUUCGCGGUUCCGAUGAAGCGCUCGAUGUGACCUCGUUGCGGGCCGUUGCUACCUACGACAAUUGGUCAACUCAGCGACCCGAGGCAAUUGCGGUGGUGCAAUGGUUCUGGGACUUCUUCGAGACUGCCCCGCCCCAGGCCCAACGAAAGAUUCUCUCUUUCGUUACAGGUAGUGAUCGGAUUCCCGCUAUGGGCGCCACCAGCUUGUCUAUUCGGCUCGCAUGCCUCGGAGAUGACUGCUCCCGGUACCCGAUCGCACGGACCUGCUUCAAUACACUCGGCCUGUACCGCUAUGGCUCUCGGGAGAAGCUCGAGAAGCUGCUUUGGGAUGCAGUUGUGAAUAGUGAGGGCUUUGGGUUGAAAUGA